ACGCUAUCAUCCAUUACCAUUUCUUUCUGAAUUUUCUGGAAUCUCUCUCUGUCUCUCUUCCCAGAUUCUCUCCUUCUUCUUCAACCCUCUUUCCUUCUCUCCAUUUUUCACAUUUUCAUUCUCUCUCUGAAUCGUUUUCUUCUUUUUCGACGGUUCUGACCCAGCUAUGGCGUCGAAACGCAUCUUGAAGGAGCUCAAGGAUUUGCAGAAAGACCCUCCUACAUCGUGCAGUGCAGGUCCUGUGGCUGAGGACAUGUUUCAUUGGCAAGCCACAAUCAUGGGUCCUGCUGAUAGCCCAUAUGCUGGUGGUGUUUUCCUAGUUUCAAUUCAUUUUCCUCCUGACUAUCCCUUCAAGCCACCAAAGGUUGCAUUUAGGACCAAGGUGUUCCACCCAAACAUCAACAGCAAUGGCAGCAUAUGUCUUGACAUUCUUAAGGAACAAUGGAGCCCAGCACUAACCAUUUCCAAGGUCCUUCUGUCAAUUUGCUCAUUGUUGACGGAUCCCAACCCUGAUGAUCCACUCGUACCUGAAAUUGCGCACAUGUACAAGACGGACAGGACCAAGUAUGAGGCUACAGCCCGCAGCUGGACACAGAAGUAUGCCAUGGGAUGAUAUGCCAAGUCUUGGCUGUACAAUGAAGCAGCAAAAUCAUAAUUUAUGUAAAAGAACUAAAGAUAUUACGCAUGAAUUUGAAUGCUUUCUUUUAUUGUUAGUGGAACUCCAACAACGGUAAGGGACCUGGUUAUCAUUUGUGAAUAUUUCUUUGUAAGACACUUGUGAUGGAAGAAACUGUAAUGUAAUGUUAUGCAAACUUUAAUGCUUUUUGAUCUUAUUCAGAUACAGGUCUUUGGAUUCAUGUUUGAAUUGUUAUUGCUUUACAUUUAUUUUAAUUCUACUAGUAGCAUUAACGUUCAAUAUUUAUUUCAUGAUUACAGGUAUUUCAACAUACGCACACAUAAUUGUUACUAACUACUAUUCAGUAGCUACUUAUUGAUGAAAUUUGGAUUUCUAUGCCUGGGGAAUACAAGUUAAACUAAUUGGAAGAAAAGGUUUUGUUGGUCGGGAAACCCAUUAGAUAUGGGCAUGAUAAGGGCUUUAGAUUUUUAUGUAGUUAACUAUUCUUUAUUGUUUUUGGUGUUCUUGCCCAAACCUCGAGUUUAUUAUGUGUAGGCUAGACACCAUAUUAUGAUGCACACCAUAGUGAUCCAUCCUCGUGAUGUAUAUAAUAUUUGUGACUGAAUUCGUACUUGUUUUUAUAAAAAAUAAUUUUGAAAU